CCCCUGCUGCUGCCACCAACUUCUAUCUUCUUCUUCUUUUUCAAAUAAUUUGGUUGGUUUAACCCCCCCUCAUUUAUAUAUACUCAAAUCAUCACCACCAUAUUUCACAUUCUCUCCUCCUCCUAUGGCUCCCAAAAAAACCACAUCCUCAUGGAAAAGCAUUCUCUUUGGUUGUUUCACAAACAACACACCAACCUUUGACCCUCAAACUCUUGUUUCUAAAUCCGGUUUGUCACAAAGGUUAUCCAUAUCCGAUGUCAGUUCAUCGCUGUCUGUUAUCAACGGUCUUUCGAAUUCGGUUGUUGGGUGGAACCUUCAAGAGUUCACUUUUGCCGAGCUUACUAUGAUCACACAUGAUUUCGCUUCCAGUAACUACCUCGGUGAAGGUGGCUUUGGGACGGUUCAUAAAGGCUUCAUCGACGAUAAGCUUAGGCCCGGGGUAGUAGAGGCGCAACCUGUUGCCGUUAAACUCUUGGAUUUGGAUGGUGGUCAAGGUCACAAUGAAUGGCUGGCUGAGGUGACCUUUUUGGGGCAAUUGAGGCAUCCACAUCUAGUGAAGUUGAUCGGUUAUUGUUGUGAAGACAAGAACCGGCUUCUAGUAUAUGAAUAUAUGGCAAGGGGCAAUUUGGAGAGUCAACUAUUUAGAAGGUAUUCGAUUUCUUUGCCGUGGCUGACAAGGAUUAAAAUCGCACUUGGUGCCGCAAAGGGGCUAGCCUUUCUUCAUGGGGAGGAAAAACCCGUUAUUUAUCGCGACUUCAAAACUUCAAAUAUUCUAUUGGGAUCGGAUUAUACGGCUAAACUUUCGGAUUUUGGGUUAGCCAAAGAUGGCCCUGAGGGAGACGAGACACAUGUGAGUACACGAGUGAUGGGAACACACGGCUAUGCUGCACCUGAGUACGUCAUGACAGGUCACCUGACAACCAUGAGUGAUGUUUAUAGUUUUGGAGUCGUUUUACUAGAGCUACUAACAGGAAGAAGAUCAAUGGACAAAAAACGACCUAGUAGAGAACAAUGCCUUGUGGAAUGGGCUAGACCACUUUUGAAAGAUUCAAACAAUCUUGACCGGAUCAUGGACCCUAAACUAGACGGUCAGUAUCCCACCUUAGGGGCUAAGAGAGCAGCGAUUCUGGCUAGCCGAUGCCUAAGCCAUCACCCAAAAUGCAGACCAACCAUGAAUGAAGUGGUUAAGAUCUUGGAACAUGUGAUGGAGUUAGAUGAUUUCCCGGUUGGUUCAUUUGUUUAUAUCGCUCCGAAAGAAGGACAAAACACCAAAGACAAGGAUGAGGCAAAACAACAUAAUGACGAAAAGGGUAGCGGCGAUGAUGAGGCGGAGGAGGUCAUGGUGGUGGUUGAGAAGAAAGAAAGUAGUCGAAAGCGGGACCAUGAAAAGAAAGGUCACAGGCAUAAACACAGGAUUAGAUCGAUGAGGUCUCGAGCAGUAUAUUCGGAUACAGCUUUAUAUAAAAACUUUAGAAAGGGUACCAAUUCUCCAUUGUUGCCCCAUCCCAAAUAAAAUGGGAUGUGAAUUUGUUAAAAUGUUGAUUCUAUUUAGGCUAGUUUUCUGUUUUGUUUACAUGCUUUUUGAAACCCACAACAAUGAGAGGUUUAUUUUGUAAUUCAUCUUCAAAGGAAGAUUUGUAACACGUCACAUGUACGUAGUGUUUAAAAUCUUAGUGUUAAUAUUCAAUAAAUCACAGAAAAAAAUUCGAAGAUA